CACACACAUACAAGUAUAUAAAGUAGAUAAAAGUUAACAUCAGGAUUUUUAAACCAGACUACUUAGUAAAACAUGCAAGUUACAUCUGUUACGGACAAAGAUAUUAAAAAGUUUUCGUCAUUUUGGCAAGAAAAUAUGCCUAAACUAACAGUUUUAUUAAUUACACUUGGUUGUGCAUCGGCAUUUUUGAUUCUAUACUUCAAAUACAACUAUACCUCUUCACAGUCACCGAUUGGGCAAAAUUCGUCCGUAGAGGAAAGCAUUCGGGAUUUAAUGACAUUGAUAGCUGAGGAAAAGAGACUUCGAUUCCAACUCGAAGAAAGACUUCAAACUGCUGAAAAUAAAAUAAACAAGAUGGAGCAGCAUAACAUCAGGCAAAUCCAAAAUGUUUCUUCCCAUCUAGAUGUUAUAAGAGAGCUCAAAGAUGAAACAAGUCAACUGAACAGAACGCUUUCGGAGACGGUAAUGAGCAAAGAAUGGCUGAUGCAAAUAAAAAACGGUACUUUGAAAUCUGUUCAAGGUGGAAGUGUUGGAUUUUCAGUUAAUACUCCCAAUACAUCUGCUGAUUCUGACCCGCUAAAGUUCACAAAUGAAGAAUACAACGACCAUAAUGCAUACAAUGCGACCUCAGGAAUGUUCGUUUGCAAACAACCGGGACUUUACUAUUUUACCCUUUUUAUAUCAUCAGAACGUUCUGCAUAUUGUUAUAUUAUCAAGAAUGGGUAUCGACGUCCUUAUGUAUACACAUAUGCUGUUAGUGUAUCAUAUUAUGCAUACGCAUCCGCAACAAAUUCAAUAUUGUACCAGUUACAUACAGGAGAUAAGGUAUAUAUCAGCGGAUGUAACGCCCAAGAGUCAAUGACUGCUGAAACAAGUUUCACUGGAUUUCUUGUUGAUCCAACAAAUUAAGAAAAGAAAACGAAUGUAUUCAGAUAGAAUAGUCAUUAUUUGUAUAAACUGUUAUUUUGUUUUUAAUUUCACCGGAAUUAUAUUUACAUUUUUUAUUUAUUUUUGUAACUUAAUCAAGUGCACAAUGCUAUUUUUAGAACAAAUAAACGCAAAAGAAAAUACUUAAAAUGUUAAAAGUGUGAUAGCCCAUAUGUGUUAUUUCACUAUU